AUGAUUCGUGGAUCUCGUGAGGAUCAGAAUCCAACCGCGACUUCCCACGAGGAUCUGUCGGGAGUUGAAACAUCUCGGAUUUGGCUCCCCGCUUUUAUGGCAUUUUGUUGGUACCAUCCCUGCUCUUCUACAGGAGAUUAUCGCUGUUUACCAUCUCCUCUCUCCUCCAACAGCGACGGAGGCUGUGGUGUUGAUUCAGAGCAGAUGGGUGAAUUUUACUGCGGGAUGCAGGAAAUAGCGGAGCUUCGAGGAUAUUAUUCUAUAGCUAUCGUGGUAUUGAUGGAACAGCUUUAUAGCUUUGCACGACACAAACGUGGCUGCAAGAAAUCAAGCUGUCUGAAGAAAUACUGUGAAUGCUAUCAGGGUGGAGUUGGCUGUUCCAUAAACUGUAGAUGUGAAGGAUGUAAGAAUGCAUUCGGCAGAAUAUAUGCCUCAGGGUCUUUACAUGUGAUCAUGGAGAGCAAACACACAGAGGAUCAUGAGAUAUAUGAGAAAAGAACAGCAAAGAUCCAACACAACUCUGAGGUUCCAAAAGAAGUGGAGCAAAUCCCAAGUUCUGAUCAACCUUCAACACCUAUGACACCACAUUUUGUGGUUCAUCAGCCAUUUUUGUCCAAGAACAGGCUGCCUCCGACACAAUUUUUCCUUGGCGCUGGUUCUUCGUCCUCUUGGAGAAAAGCAGACGGUGAAUUCACGCAGUCAAGGAAUGAGAAGAAGAAGACUCUUGAAACCGUGGCCCAAGACAAAAUAGAGAUUAUGACUGAGAUUCUCAUCACUUGCCCUAUAACCACCAUCAAGGCCAUCUCUCCCAACAGCAAGAGAGUCUCUUCUCCGCAUCCCGGCUCAUCGGAAUCGGGCUCGAUCCUAGGGAAGAGAAGUAAUGACCGGAAGCUGAUCUUACGGUCUAUUCCAGCUUUUCCUUCUCUUAACCCAAAUUGA